AACAGUACCGUCCGUGCGAACGUUCAGCAUUGCAUAGAACAUAUGGCGUCAUUUAUCAGUCAGGUGGUACCACAUGGGUAAACGUGGAUGCCAAGUAUUCGUAAGACCGCGAGUGCGAGUGAACGGUUCAAUUGUGUGCAAUUAUAUUUAUUAACGGCAAGUAGUUUACCCCCAACACGACUCUACUAUAACUCGCAACGUGUGACCGCCCGACCACAGUAUUUAGUGUUUACUAGUAAUACCAUUGACUUUAGAAUAUUUAUGUAUAAAUUCUAAAAUCAACGGUACAACUACAUCCACCGAUACCGUACGCCUUGUACGUAAAACACUAAAAGAUUAGUGCGAGUGCCGUGUGAACGCUAAACGCAAGGUGCGCAGGUACCGAGUGUUUACAGUGCCAGUGACAAGUGUUAAUGAUUGGUACUGAGCGCUCGAGUGUAAACCCGACAUCAGAACGCGGUGCAACGGAUAAUACAACCGACGCAAAUAAUAAUAAGCAAACGUUAUUCGAUCACUACAACUGAUAACGCGAACACUACGAGUGUAACAAUACACAUUGUAUAUAUUGUACACGUCUGUGAUGAACAAUUAAAAUCAUAACUGUACGCUCACUACGCUUUGUGGAAGAAUACUAAUGGUAGACAGUUCACUUGUUUGAUAUGUAUGUACUACGGUGCGAAACAUCUUAAUGGUCCGUUGCUGAACUAGUGAAGAACAAAGUGGGUUGACAUCUGAAUCAGUUUUUAAAAACAUUAUGAAAUUAUUAUAUUUUCAAAUGUAUUGAACCAUUCUCUAAUGUGCUGAGUGUGAUGUUAUUUCAACACAAUCAUGCAAGACUGUCAAUAGAAAACUCAUUUCUACAAUCCAAAUUAAAGAUUUACCAUACACAAAUAUACUUUGUCAUGUGUGUAAACUAUUUUCAACCAUACUAUCAUUCAACAUUUAAUUAAAAGUAAUAAUAAAGUAUUGUUCAAAUAAGUUAACAAUGAAUUUCAACUUCGAAAAUUGUUUGAAAGAAGGAUUCAAUAAACUAAAAAUUGAAACUUUCAAUAAAAAUAAAAAUGAAGAAGAAUGUUUCAUAGAAGCCAUGCAACGAGAUGAGACCAGAAUUGUCAUUUUGAAAAGAUUAUCAAAUUGUGAUUUACCUGUGUUCUAUAAACCUCAAAUUACUGAAGAAAUAAAUCAUUUUAAAGCUCAAUUAAGAUCUGAAGCUCGUGGACGAUUUUUUGAAAGAGAACUUUCAAGAUUAUUAACUAGUGAUGAGUUAAAAUACAUGUGGACAUUGCUUCAAGAACAUCAAACAUCAUUGAAUCAUUAUAAUCAUAAACAAUACUUAAAUUAUUCAAACUUUAAUGAAGUCAAACAAAAGUUAAAUGACAAAUACAAAUUAUUUUUCAGACCUAGUAUAUUUCUUGAAUUACAAGACAAUAAAUUCAAAGGUUAUUUAUCCAUUGAUACAUUUUUUAACUAUAUAAUGAAGAAAAUAUGGAUUGAUCAAACUAGAAAUGGACUCUCUCAAUAUGAUUCAAGUGGCUUUGGUUAUCUAAGUGAGGCGGAUUUUGAAGCUUAUAUUUUAGAUCUCAUACCUACAUUAACACAAUUGAAGAAACUUGAAAAAAUGUUUUAUUCUUUUUAUGCAUGCAUGGUUGUAAGAAAAUUUUUUUUUUACCUGGACUCUCUGCGUACUGGUAAAAUACGAAUUUUGGACAUUUUAUCUUGUGGUUUUCUGGAUGAACUAUUAGAGCUUCGUGAAGAAUCAUGGAGUAAAGAACAACAGAAAAAAAAUUGGUUUUCUGUUCCAUCAGCUAUUCAUAUUUAUUCAUCAUACUUAGAAUUAGACAAAGAUCAUAAUGGUUUGUUGAGUCGACAAGAAAUAGCUGGGUAUAAAUCAGGUUCUCUUACUUCAGUGUUCCUUGAUAGAGUGUUCCAAGAUUCAUUUACAUAUGAUGGUGAAAUGGACUAUAAAGGUUAUUUGAACUUUGUUUUGGCCAUAGAAAAUCGUCAUGAACCUCAAGCAUUACGAUAUUUAUUCAGAUUUUUGGAUAUAAAAAAUCAAGGAUAUUUGGAUGCAUUCACUAUUAACUAUUUUUCUCGGGCUGUUGCUGAGAGAUUACCGCAAGAACAAAGACAAAUGGUUUCAUUAGAUGAUAUAAAAGAUGAAAUUUUUGAUAUGAUUAAACCUAAAGAUCCUAUUAAAAUAACUUUAAAAGAUAUUAUUGAAAGUGGGAUGGGACAUAUAUUUAUAAAUAUUUUAAUUGAUUUUAAUGGGUUUUGGUCUUAUGAGUUCAGAGAUACUUUAGCAGCCAAUCGUGUUACUGAUAACAAGGAUUUUAAUGAAAGUUUUGUUCAACAUUAACUAAUAUUCAUACAUUUUAAAGAUCUGUAAUCCGAUAUUUAAUCUUUAAUUAAUUCAUUUAUUUAAGUGA